AUGAUCGUAAACCUAGGGGUGGAUGCACGCCCGGACAGAGUCCAUGUUGAUCUCUUGAACUUUCUGAAGCAGGAAAUUCCCGUAGCUCGCUAUGUUCUGAGUGUUUGUACUGGCUCUUGGAUCCUUGCUGGCACGGGUGUUCUUGAUGGAAAGCAGGCAACGACAAACAAAUUCUCGUUCAAAUCUGUUAAAACAUCUCACUUACGGACAAGCUCUGGUGUAACUGCAGGUGCGGACAUGGCCAAUGCCUUCCUUGUUCAUCUAGUUGGAGAGGACGUCGCAAAAACGAUUCGCGGCGUUGUUGAGCUGUCUGCUAGGGCCGAAGAUGAAGACGAAUUUGCAUCUGUUUACGGCUUGCUAGACUAA